GCACGAGACUUCCACAUGAAUCACGAGUCUGCCGGCUUUCACCACAAAGAGUUUGCCAGCAUUCAACUGCUUACAUCUACCCCGUAAACGUAUCAUUUUACUUUAGAAACCACGACUGAAGCUUUGUGCUCUCACGUGCAAGCUUCACUCGAAGUUAACAACUCUAAAGCAAGUUUCGCAUCCUUGUGACAUAAGCUGUAUAUGUUCUCAGAUCUGCCGAAUAACAUUGCCGCGGAAAUGUUAGCUAUUGCCGCCUUUCUUGUGUUGUUAGUAUCUGGGGACGGAAUCCCUAUCAGCAAAGAAAAAGUCAUCUCGCGAGAUCUCGUGGAUAAGAUCAACACGCUAAAUGUAGGAUGGGAGGCGACGCUUUACCCCCAGUUUGAGAACCUAACUUUUGAGAGCGCGAAAAGCAUGCUGGGGAGUCGCGGGGCCUGGCCUGAGGGGAGUCUUCCUCCGGAGAUCGAGGUCAGGGUCGCCGAGAAUAUUCCAGAGAAUUUCGACGCGCGUAAGCAAUGGCCUGGGUCCAUUCAUCCAAUCAGAAACCAGGGUCAAUGCGGUAGUUGCUGGGCAUUUGGUGCUUCAGAGGUUCUUUCGGAUCGUUUCGCCAUCGCUUCCAAGAACCAGAUCUACGUGACUUUGUCCGCGCAGCAGUUGGUGGACUGUGACCUAGAUAAUAGCGGCUGUUCGGGAGGUUGGCCAAUCAACGCCUGGAACUACAUGGUCAAGACAGGUCUAUUGACGGAGCAAUGUUAUGGGCCGUACUAUGCUAAGCAGUACACAUGCAGGCUGACAGCAAACACCACAGACUGCCCGUGGCAACCGGGGGUCAAGGCGAGAUUCUACCACGCGAAGAGCGCCUACAAGCUUCCCGCUAAAAACGUUGAAGCCAUUCAAACGGACAUCAUGAACAACGGUCCAGUUGAAGCCGACUUCACCAUCUUCCAGGAUUUCUACGCCUAUCGAUCGGGAAUUUAUGUGCACGCGACAGGCAAACAGCUCGGUGGACAUGCCAUCAAAAUACUGGGAUGGGGAACAGAAGACAACGUCGACUACUGGCUUUGUGCUAAUUCCUGGGGUGCUAAUUGGGGAAUACAAGGUUACUUCAAGAUUCGUCGUGGGACCGAUGAGUGCGGCAUUGAAGAUGGAUUGGCCGCCGGACUACCGCUGCUAUGAGCAUUGAGGAUGGAUUGGCCGCUAGACUACCACUGCUAUGAGCAUUGAGGAUGGAUUGGCCGCUGGACUACCACUGCUAUGAGCAUUUAUGCCAAGUUUAAUGUGAAUUUCAAUUACCACUUAACUGUAAUAACAACUCACCUGAAAAAAUGUACAUAAUUUUUUAUACCUAUUGGAAAACCUUUAUAAAAACUUUAUCAUUAGAAAAAAAAAUACUACAAAGUUAUGUAUUAAUGUGAUUGCCUUUCUGGGAUGUAAAUUUUUGUUUCUCAAAUGUAAGUUGUAAUAUUAGACCAGAUAAAAAGGCAAAAAUAAAUGUUUUAUUCCCUAAA